AUGGCAUUGUUACGUUAUACACUUCCAUUAUCUCGAUGUACUCUUCCAUUUGUUAGUUCAAAUCGAGGAGCUGCAACAGCAACAGCAUCUGCUAUUGAACAUACAACAAAUCCACCAAUACAGAAUAAACAAGAACAAAAUACUUUAACAAAUGUAUCACCAUAUAAAAAUGUUCCAGGAAAACAUUACGGUGAUAGUAACGUUGAAGUAGCAUUAGCUCGUUUAGAUGAUGUACAAAAUUUAAUACGGCGUGGUUCAAUAUGGCCGCUUACAUUUGGUCUUGCAUGUUGUGCUGUUGAAAUGAUGCACAUGGCAGCACCACGUUAUGAUAUGGAUCGAUUUGGUGUUGUCUUUCGUGCUAGUCCACGUCAAGCUGAUUUAAUGAUUGUUGCUGGUACACUUACGAAUAAAAUGGCUCCAGCUAUUCGACGUUUAUACGAACAGAUGCCACAUCCAAAAUGGGUUAUUUCUAUGGGUUCAUGUGCGAAUGGUGGUGGUUAUUAUCAUUAUUCAUAUGCAGUCGUACGUGGAUGUGACCGUAUAAUACCAGUUGAUAUUUAUGUACCUGGUUGUCCACCAAGUGCUGAAGCAUUACUCUAUGGAGUUUUACAAUUACAACGAAAGAUUAAACGAUAUGAUACAUUACAAAAAUGGUAUCGAAAAUAA